AUGCAUUGCUUGCGCUGUCGGCCAUACAUUCACCGAUCGCUUAUAUCUUACCCGAGGAAUGCUCGUUUCAGUACAACGAAACCUCAAAAGUCGUCAAGUAUACCGUUCAAUGAUUCGUCGCGCAUCCGGCCAAGUCCCACCGUCAUUCCGUCCAAGGAAACGAUAGAAAAUAGUGGUAACUUGUCCAGCCGCCUUCGACAGACAACACACCAUGCUACCACUCCUCCUCAGCCCGGACCGACUCAGGACCCCACUUCCCUCUCCCGAAAAGAUCUCGUGGCUGCUCAAAGAAGAGCAGAGCGUCUCAGUCGCGAAAAAUUUCGUUCUCUAGAGUUGGUGGCGGGAGCAGUCCCAUCCCCGAGCCCACUCCCUCGUACACCUCGCAAUGAUCUUACAAUUGCACAAAGAAGGGCCGAGCGAGAAGCCCGCAAGCUUUCUGAGUCUGUGGCAGAAGUGGCAGCAGUUCCGCCCGCAAGCCCACCCCCUCGUCCGCCUCGUGAUGAUUCCGCAAUUGCCCAAAGAAGGGCAGAACAAGGAGCCCGCAACCUCUCUGAAGAAGUGGCAGCGGUGCCAUCCCCAAACCCCCGUCGUCGUACGCCUCGCAAUGAUUCUGCAAUUGCUCAAAGAAGGGCCGAGCGAGAAUCUCACAUGCUUUCUGAGUCUGUAGCAGAAGCGGCAGAAGUAGUCCCGUUGACGAGUGGACUUCCUCGUGCGUCUCGCAAUAAUGCUGGAUUGGCCCAGAGAAGGGCCGAGCGAGAACGUCGCGAGACUAACGUUGUAACGAGCGGGCGCUCUACUGGUGACGCGGAGCAAAGAUUAUCCUCUGCCGCUACCGAACAUCCUACAUUGGAUGAUGAGGAGGCCCUAGAAGCGCAAGACAAUUUAAUAUGCCUCGGGGUACAGAUGCCUCAAUUCAGAGGUGCUGAGGAGGUAUCCGCUGAUCUGACGGAUAUUUUUGGCAACAUACCAACCAGCCCUAGCACUGGACUCAACGCUUCUCCGCCAAAAGUACAAUCUACGAAGUCCACCAAAGCUUAUUUAUUGAGAAGGUCUACACCACCACACCUGACAAGCUAG